AUCUCCAUUCGAGAGAAGCGGAUAGUCUCCCGUUUUCAGUCCCACGCUCUGCCACACGCUGCCCUGUCCCAAGAUGGUUCUGGCCAAAGUGUGGAAACUGAAGAGUCACUUCGUGGGGUUCCCAAAGUCCAGCGACUUUCUUCUGGAGGAGGAGGAACUCCCGGCCAUCAAGGAUGGAGAAUUACUGUUGGAGGCGGAGUUUCUCAGCGUGGAUCCGUACAUGAGGCCCUACAGCGAGACGAAAAUGAAGGAGGGGGACGUGAUGAUUGGCUCUCAAGUCGCCAAGGUGGUGGCGAGCAAGGUCGCGGAGUUCCCCGUCGGCACCUUCGUGGUGAGCCACUCCGGCUGGCGGAGCCACUCCAUCUCCACGGGGAACGGCCUCCAGGCCCUGCAGGCAUCGUGGCCCGUGGAGCUGUCUCACUCCCUCGCCCUGGGGGUGCUGGGCAUGCCCGGGCUGACCGCCUACUUCGGCCUGCUCGAGAUCUGCAAUCCCGUGGCUGGUGAGACGGUCCUCGUGAACGGGGCGGCCGGGGCGGUGGGGAUGCUGGUGGGGCAGAUUGCCAAGAUCAAGGGCUGCCGAGUGGUGGGCUUUGCGGGCUCCGACGCGAAGGUGGCGCUCCUCAAGGAGCUCGGCUUCGACUCGGCGCUCAACUACCGCACGGUGGCCUCCGUGGACGCGGCCCUGGGGGAGGCCGCCCCCGGCGGCUACCACUGCUUCUUCGACAACGUUGGAGGGGAUUUCCUCUGCGCCGCUCUGUCCCACAUGAAGCACCGGGGCCGUGUCUCCAUCUGCGGAGGGAUCUCCAUGUACAAUGACGCCACGUCGCAGAAGCUGACCUUCCCGCAGCUGACGCUCAUCUUCAAGGAACUGAAGCUGGAGGGCUUCAUGGUGACGAGGUGGCAGGACCGGCGUGACGAGGGCAUCGCAGCGCUCGCCGCCUGGGUGAAGGAGGGCAAGCUGCAGUAUCGUGAGACCGUCACCGAGGGUUUCUCCGCCAUGCCCGACGCUUUCAUGGGCCUCCUGCGCGGCGAAAACGUGGGCAAGGCCGUGGUGAGGGCCUGACGGAGGGGGUGGCACGAAACGCCGCCGCCGCCGCCAGCCCAGGCAGAUUUGUUGUCGUAAGGGCCAGACGCGCACACACACACACACACAACAGGUAAUACUGACACAACAACAACAACAACAACCGCCAUUCCAUGGCGCCUGUGCCCUGUGAGUGGGUGUCCAUGAGGAGUCAUGCCCUCCUGGCCUUGCCAGAUCGGUGGCAUGGCAGCAAAGUAGACUAAUCUCCAUCUGUUCCAUCUCACUCCCUUCUACCCCGUGGGUGGACUAAUCUACAUCUGUUCCAUCUUGCUCCCUUCUACCCUGUGGGUGGACAAAUCUCAAUAUGUUCCAUCUCACUCCCUUCUACCCUUUGGGUGGACUAAUCUCCAUCUGUUCCAUCUCGCUCCCUUCUACCCCGUGGGUGGACUAAUCUACAUCUGUUCCAUCUCGCUCCCUUCUACCCUGUGGGUGGACAAAUCUCAAUAUGUUCCAUCUCACUCCCUUCUACCCUUUGGGUGGACUAAUCUCCAUCUGUUCCAUCUCGCUCCCUUCUACCCUGUGUGUGGACUAAUCUCCAUCUGUUCCAUCUCGCUCCCUGCUACCCCGUGGGUGGACUAAUCUCCAUCUGUUCCAUCUCGCUCCCUUCUACCCCGUGGGUGGACUAAUCUCCAUCUGUUCCAUCUCGCUCCCUUCUACCCUUUUGGUGGACUAAUCUCAUCUGUUCCAUCUCACUCCCUUCUACUCUGUGUGUGGACUAAUCUCCAUCUGUUCCAUCUCGCUCACUUCUACCCCGUGUGUGGACUAAUCUCCAUCUGUUCCAUCUCGCUCCUUUCUACCCCGUGUGUGGACAAAUCUCACUCCCUGCUACCCCGUGGGUGGACUAAUCUCCAUCUGUUCCAUCUCACUCACUCCUACCCCGUGGGUGGGCGACAAGGAGUAGCCCCCCAUAUGGGCCGUCCAUAAAUGACGUCACGCACCUGAGGAGGGGUGGGGGGGGGGUCAGACAUUUGUGACGAUGUGUGACGAGGGGGGGGGGGAAGUUUGAGAAAUGUGACGUCACGUAAAAAUGCUGCAACUUUAAAUAAAUACGCACGACACGUUCCACUUAACUGAAUAGACUUUUCGAUAAAUGUUUUCUCCUACAACAUCCGAGUUGCAGCGCCACAUUAAACACGCACUGCAAUUACAACAAUAGUUUAAAACGAUUUUUUUGUUUGCCGAGGGUGAGGGCAGAGUUUUUGUGAUGUCAUAUUUGAGGUGGUGGUGGGGGGGAGGGGGGGUCUGACUUUUCGAGAGUCAAAAAUCGUUCAAAAAUUGCGUGACGUCAUUUAUGGACGGCUCCUUGGCACCUCCGGCGAAGAAGGUGGUGGCACAGCAGCCGAUUUGUGCAACAAUUGCCUGUGGAUGUUUUUAAACUCUCGGGGUUUGGUUUGUUUGCUGACCGCCUUGGUAUUGCUGUUCGUGCCAAGGUGUUGGCA